AUGAAAAUACAAGUUCAACCACUGAAUGAACUAUAUGUGAUUCAUGACAAUUCUAUAGUCGAUGAAGGCGCUCGCUAUUACGAAGUAUACGUUAACCAAGACGGAAAAAGCUUUUCCAAUUUGACGUCUCGUGGGAAUGUAUACACAGCCUGGAGUUUGAAGCCUGGUGUUGUCUAUGACUUUACUGUAUCGGCAUUUGGGGAAGACAAAAGUAAAAGCAGAGAAUCAAAAGUACUGACGGCUAGUACUUCCACUGAAGCACCAAUGCAACCAAUACUGACGGACAUAUCAAGCACUGAAGCCACCUUGGAGUGGGCGGAUAUACCAGGUGCCGUGAAAUACAUCUUGUACUAUGUAAAGGACGACGAAAAAAAGAGCCAAGAAACAACUAAAACUAAAAUCGUUGUCACAGAUUUGGAACCAGGCCAAUGGUACGAUUUCUCUGUGGUUUCUGUUGGAUCGGGCGGAGAGAAGAGCGAGGAGAGCGAUCUGUUGGAUGAACAGACAGUGCCUCUAAUCCCUGCAAACGUUCGUGCAAAGACGGUGGAGAUGGAUCAUAUUACUGUUAUAUGGGACAAGAGCGCAGGGGCUUCUUCAUAUAAACUUACCUACAAUUGGCAAGACGAUGACAGAGAAACAAGAAAGGAGACAGUGAACACUGAAAGUACGAGUGUCAACUUAUCCAAUCUCACUCCUGGAACAAAAUAUGAAAUCAAGGUCCUUGCAAUCGGCCAAACUGGAUCUCGAACCCAACAGAGCAAAUCAUUGAUUGAGAACACCAGUACGUAG